CACACUGUGUCAGCGCCCGUUGAUCUGUGGGGGGGCGACGAAAAAUAAAAAUAAUAAGAAUCAUGUCGACGCUGCAACUGGAAUUUUCACAGGCCAUGGCCGACUUCAAGAAGAUGUUCCCGGACAUUGACCGUGAGGUGAUUGAGGCCAUACUGCGCGCCAACUUGGGUGCCGUGGACCAGACAAUUGACGCCCUGCUAGCCAUGUCCAUUGACAAUCAGAACGAGAAACUGCGCAAUGAACUGGAUGCUAAUGUCUCGCCCCAGCAGAGCCUCAUCAACCUGAACGACUCGGACAAAGACCUGCGGCGCACGGGCCAGCUGGUGGACACCACUGAUGGCGCGGAGACAGGAGGAGCUACUGCUGCUGCUGUGGCCCCGGGCCUGCUGACCACCACAGCGGGCGCCUCCCCAAAUCACCACAAUACAGGCGCCUCACCCAAACAGCGUCCACUGGGUUCGGCCAGCAAGGUGAACAGCCAGAAUAAUACGCCCACAAAGCAGCGCACAAAUCGCCGCUGGAAUCCGCCGAUACUGGGCCCAUUGCCAGCGGGCUUUCUGCGCAUUACCCCGGCUCCCGGGCAGCAGGAUUUCGAAUUGCCGGACGAACAGUUCGCCUUGAUGCUGCAGAACGAGGAGUUUAUGAAUCAGCUGCGCUGGAAUCAGGACUUUAUGAAUGCUUUGGAGAAAGAGCAGAGCGGCAAGGCCAAGGGCGAGGAUGAUGCCAACUUCCAAGAGCGACUAAAGAACAUGGGGAAGAUGUCGCGCAAGAAAUUCCUGCAGAUGGCAAGGGUCUUUACCUGGCAGCGUAACAAAAAGGUGACCACGGCCAAGCAGAUUGAUUCCUUGCCGCUGCGGGAAGAGCCCAGCGACGACGAGGAUCAUCACCAUCACCAACACCAGCAGCAGCAGCAGGCGAGCCAGCAGCAGCAGUCCAGCAGCCAGCAGCAGGGCCAACUACAGCUGCGCAAGUGAAACUAUGGAUGCGGGUCCGGCGCUGCUUUGUUAUCUUAUCUCAAUGGCCAUAACGUGACGAUCACGUGCGCUGCUAGUAAUCUCUGCUAAGACGAACCCCAGACACCCCCCAAGUAAUCUCUCCAAGCAAAGAACGAAAUCUCCCAACCUAAUCUCAAAGCGAAACGAUUGUAUUACCCUAUAGUUUUUAACCUUAAGUGCAAUUUCAAAACCUCCCGUGCAAUAUUUCUGAACCCCUUAAAUUUUUAA